AUGGCACCACCGGGAAUGGAUGGACGAACCUACCACAACGGUGGUCACAACGUUACGCCGCGUCUCGAGUGGCCCCAAACCCAAAGUCAGACUUUGGCUGCCGACUCGUCCUCCCGCGGCAUGGAACGCGCUUCGAUCAACAACCUGCGCACAUCCUUCCGCUCCAACCUGCCGCCGAACCCGACUAUUCGCGCCGUGACACCGGAGUACCACCACCCCGAGGUCUCUCCGGCAGUGUCCGCCAGCUCCGUCUUCGAUCCGGCUGCCAGCUUACACUCAGCCCGCAGUGGCUUCACCUCGACCUCCCCUCAAACCUCUCCGAGAUCCAUACCCGGAGACUUCCAAAGACGGCAAGGUGUGGUAUUCAAUGACCAGUACGGCGGAGACUCGUACCAGAAUUCAAGUAGCCCCCCUUUAAGGCAGCCCAACACCUUUCGGCCGAGAACACACACCAUGGACGGGGCAUUGAGACAGCAGUUCCUGAAUGCGACGGCCAGGGAGGGCCCAGGUCGACCACGCUUAGGGUCGUUCUCUUCCUCCGGGUCACAACCGCUCUAUGACGAUGCCCGUUCCCCGCCGCCGCCCAUUGAAUCCUUGGGUUUUCCUUCAGUGAUACCCGCUCGCCAUUCCGAGAUACCCGCAGGCGCCACAAACAGCUUGAGAGAAAAGAAAUCGUCAAGCAAGCGACUGAUCAAGCGGCAAUCCUCACGUCCUACUUCGCCUCCUGCCACGACACCUUCAGUGGACUCACUACCUGUCCCUGUGCCGACUGAAAACGCGAACAACAUUUUACUGUUGAUGAAGAACCUUUGUGGUCGAAUGAGAGGCGAUAUCGAGUUCAGAACCGAAACAUCAGGCCAUUGGCAAAUCGGAGUCGCCUACGUUGAUGAGGAGAAGGGAUCCCUGAUGUUUGACUCAGGUAACGAUGGGCCAUUCCACGUCCCCCUGGUGUCAGAUCUGCGAGGGUGUCGCAUCUCCCCCACCGAGCUGCCUGAAGGCAAGAAGUGCUUGGAGAUUUCGUCUAACACACAGCCACCUGUGGACCUACUAAUACACCCACUCCUCGCGGAGGAGCGAGAUCUGUGGCUGGCUGCGUUGUUAUGCUGGCAGCAAAUGCGGCCACCUAAAGUCAAGCUCUCCAAUGCGAACCGAAACCCAACCCCUACCCAAUUAAGACCAGCAGUUAGGAGGCGCGGCUCUGAGAACGGAACACCAAAAACGACCAAUGCACUCAUCAAAGUUGGCCAGGUCCGGCUAUGGGAUAAGGGACUGGCUAGCUCUCCAAGGGCUAUUGUCAAAAGACCCUCUACCAGGGACUUGAGAUCGCCGUGUACUUCAUGGCGGGUCGUUUCCUGCCUACUCCAGGAGAAUGGCGAGAUCAGGCUUACCACGAACGAUGGUGAUGCUGUUAUUGCUGUGGUAGAGCUCUCUCAGCUGUCGAGAUGCGCCAUUCAACAGCUGGACAGAUCUGUUCUCGACGAAGAAUACUGCAUCGGCAUCUUCCCCCAUUACUCCACAAUAUCCACCCAACUCUCCAUUUUCCGACCCGUCUAUAUCGCAUUGGAGAAUCGUUUGCUUUUCGAGGUCUGGUUCGUCCUCCUGCGCGCCUUUGCACUGCCUGACAUCUUUCUGUUGGAGCCAUCUGCAGAAGGCGCUGUCGAGGUUACCGAUUUGGAUUCUGAUCUUACGGGAGAGGUUUUCAGAAUCGAAAAGACGAUUAGUCUGAGGGUUACAGAGGCCAAGCUGAAGCCAAGAAUUAUGUCACCAGAUGUUGGCAGCUUCGUCGACCGGCAAUCUAGGGAUGCUGAUCCGCUGAUUGGUAACUAUCUCACAGAGGUCAUCCUUGAUGGCGAGGUUCGAGCUCGGUCAACAAUCAAGACAGGCACAAAGAACCCUUUCUGGAGAGAAGACUACCAGUUCUCAGAUCUCCCCCCGAUGAUGCCGUUUCUCUCUAUUGUCUUGAAGAGAGUCGAUGGGAACCUUGAUAGCUGGAGCCAUCAGCUGCAAGCAUCACUUGGAUUGCCGAAGACGGGCAAUCUGACGGAGGUUCUAUGCGGUUCGGUUGACAUCCCUCUCGACCAAGUGGAGCCUGGCAAGGAUCUCGAAAGGUGGCUCGACAUAUACGAUGAGCGACAGCAAGUCGUUGGUACGAUGCUCGUCAAACUUCAGCAUGAAGAGCUCGUGGUACUUCACUCCAAAGAGUACCAGGCGUUAUCAACUCUUCUCCACAGCUUUCCGUCUGGUCUGACUGCCCAGAUUGCUGAUGCCCUUCCCGGAAAUCUCAGACGCCUCUCGGAAAUCUUCCUCAACAUCUUCCAGGUGUCCAAUCAUGCGAAUGAGUGGCUUCAGACGCUGGUAGAGGAUGAAAUCGAUGGUAUCGGAGGCACACAAAACCAAAUGAAAAAGUACCGAUACAGCAGCAGGCUCAAGUCCAGCGAGGCGUUGGAAUUCCACAACGGUAGAGAACAGGUUUUGCGUGACAUGGGCAAGUCGUUAGCAGGGGAGGCCAACCUACUCUUCAGAGGCAACACCUUGCUGACACAAGCUCUCGAGUUCCACAUGAGGAGAUCAGGCAAGGAGUAUCUUGAGCAGAUGCUGAUGGCCAAGAUCUAUGAGAUCAACGAGAUGAACCCCGACUGUGAGGUUGACCCCAGCAAAUUGAAGCCAGGGGAGAACGUCCAAGAGCAUUGGAAUCGCCUCAUUCAGAUCACGACAGAGGUCUGGCAAUGCAUCUGCCGGGAGCCGACUAAGUGUCCUCCAGAGUUGCGGUCAAUCCUCAAGUACAUUCGUGCUGUUGCCGAAGAUCGCUACGGUGAUUGGCUGCGAACCGUCACUUACACCAGCGUCUCGGGCUUUCUCUUUCUUCGCUUCAUCUGCCCUGCGAUCUUGAGCCCGAAGCUCUUCGGCCUGCUACGGGACCAUCCCCGGCCGCGAGCACAGCGAACGCUGACACUCGUCGCGAAAGCGCUCCAAGCGCUGGGAAAUCUCUCAACGUUUGGCAAGAAGGAGGAAUGGAUGGAGCCGAUGAACAAGUUUCUGGGUUCAAACCGCCAAUCGGUCAAAGACUACAUCGACACCAUCUGCUCUAUUCCUGUCGAACGCAACAAGGUCGCUCUGGGGCCAUCCUACUCGACUCCGAUCACCAUUCUCGGCAGACUGUCUCCGACGGCUCGGGAGGGUUUCCCAGCAUUGCCUCACCUGAUCGACCACGCCCGAAACUUUGCUGCCUUGGUAAAGAUGUGGACUGACGCAAACCCUAUUGGCAAUGGCGAGGUGUCUAAACCUGCUGGCGGUGAAGACGACAUUCUCAUCUUCAACGAGAUGUGCAUGAGCUUGCAAGAGCGUGCAGACAUCUGCUACGCGAAGAUGGAUGGGUCGCUACACGAUACCGCAUCACUUGCUGCAUCCGCAUCCGAGUUCGCCGAUCAGCUAGAACACAGUCAAGCUAUGCUGGAAUCUAUGACGUUCGCGACCUACCACAACAACAAUUCCGCAACAAACUCUACUACAGCUUCAACGGUCUGGAUGGAGCAAGACAAUCUCGUACCUCCUGGAUCAGCCGGCAGCGAUGCGUACAUGGAGACAUCUUCGUCCCGAAGCCGUGAGCAACGCCGUGGCCGGGACAGGAGCUCAAUGAGACAGAACUCUGGGCAUUCGGACCACUCGACAGGACACCUCGCGACGCUCAAGCGUAACGGCCGAGCCACACGCCAUAUUUUGUCUGGCAUCAUGAAGCCAUUUGCUCGAGGAGAGUCGCCUGACUCGUCGCCAUCAGUAUCGCGAAGCAAGAACUUUGAGCGUAACUGGAAUACUGGCUACUGA